GCAUCCCCAUUAUCAUUCACCUUCGCUCAUGCAAAAAAUGGCCUUCAGUGCGUGAAUCAUUAACAAUCGGGAGGGGUUCGAUCGAGGGGGUCUGGGGUGCACUGAAAUGUCAACAAUAAAAUGUUGAAGGAAUUUUUUUGAGUAUUUGAACGAAAAAGUCAUCGACCUGAGCAAUAAUGGCGACAUUGAGAUUGCUUGCGGCCGGUGCUAGUGCUGUGGGAGCUGGCGCAGUAACGACAUAUUUUUUUACAUCAGAUUCACCGGUAUUAGCUGAGAAGAAAGCACACAAGCCAGUAAAAAGACCGCUACCUAGUCGAGAGGAACAGGUGAAGAACCUGAAGACUCAAGACGAAUACGACGUACUUAUCAUUGGGGGUGGGGCGACAGGAGCUGGAUGUGCCUUAGACGCUUGCACCAGGGGUCUGAAGACCGCCCUCAUCGAGGGAGACGACUUCGCCUCCGGUACAUCCUCCAGAAGCACAAAGCUCAUUCAUGGAGGUGUGCGUUAUCUUCAGAAGGCCAUCAUGCAGGUGGACGUUGAGCAGUACAAGAUGGUGAAGGAGGCUCUUCACGAGCGCGCCCAGAUGCUUCACAGUGCUCCUCAUCUGGCUCAUCCUCUACCGAUUAUGUUGCCGGUUUAUACAUGGUGGCAAAUUCCGUACUACUGGUUUGGUAUAAAAAUGUACGACCUCGUAGCAGGAACCAAAACCGUCAAAUCUUCCUACUACUUGAGUAAAGCGAAUGCCCUCGAACUAUUCCCCAUGUUGAAGGGUGAUAAACUAACAGGAGCUAUAGUGUACUACGACGGACAACAAGACGAUGCGAGAAUGAACCUGGCAGUGGCUCUGACUGCCUCUAGGCUUGGUGCAACAGUCGUCAAUCACGUGUCAGUGGUGAAUCUCCUGAAGGGGCGCGAUAGGGAUGGAAAAACCGUGCUAACGGGUGCCCACGUGAGGGACGAAAUGACUGGGGAAGAGUGGGAUGUCAAGGCGAAGGCCAUCAUCAACGCCACGGGACCCUUCACUGACACUAUUAGGAAGAUGGACGAUCAGUCGGUUCCGGAGAUCUGCUGUCCCUCGUCUGGAGUGCAUAUCGUACUUCCUGGAUAUUACAGUCCUGAUCAGAUGGGUCUCCUGGAUCCCUCAACCAGCGAUGGCCGAGUAAUCUUCUUCCUCCCCUGGCAGAAGCAGACAAUCGCAGGGACCACUGAUCUGCCCUGUCAAGUGACCCAUAAUCCCCGCCCCACAGAGGACGAGAUCAUGUUUAUCCUCCAGGAAGUGAAGAACUACUUGAAUCCAGACGUUGAGGUUCGACGUGGUGACGUGUUGUCAGCAUGGAGUGGCAUCAGACCGCUCGUGUCUGACCCCAACAAACCGAAUACUCAGUCGUUAGCCCGAAAUCAUAUCGUUCAUGUUAGUCCAACGAAUUUAGUCACUAUUGCUGGAGGAAAGUGGACGACUUACAGGGCCAUGGCAGAGGAAGCUGUUGAUGCUGCUGUUGCAGCCUGCAACUUGGAGCCGCUGGACCUCUCCCAGACCGAUGGAAUGCUCCUGGAAGGAGCCCACGGCUGGAGUCCCACAAUGUACAUCAGACUGGUCCAAGACUUUGGCCUCGAGUGCGAAGUAGCCCAGCACCUGGCGAAAAGCUACGGCGACCGUGCCUUCGCAGUAGCAAAAAUGGCAUCACUCACCGGCAAGAGGUGGCCCAUCAUCGGUAAAAAGAUUCACCCAGAGUUUCCGUACAUCGACGCAGAGAUCCGUUACGGCUGUCGCGAGUACGCGAGAACCGCCAUCGACAUGAUCGCGCGACGACUCAGGCUGGCGUUCCUGAACGUCCAGGCGGCCAACGAGGCCCUCCCCGGAAUCAUCGACAUCAUGGCUGAGGAGCUCAACUGGUCUGCUGAGGAGAAGAAGAAGCAGCACAAAGAGGCCAGUGAUUUCCUGGCUAACGAGAUGGGACAAAUGGUGAAUCGUGCCUCGCGCGACAAGAUUCCCAUCAAUCUUACCAAGGAUGAGAUCCAGUUGUACAUCAAACGGUUCCAGAUUAUCGAUAAGGAUCGCAAGGGAUAUGUCUCCAUCAACGAUAUUCGUCGCGGGUUGAAGCUAUUCGGCGACAAGGAUGUGCCGGGUGAAGAGCUUCACGAGAUUCUCAAAGAAAUUGAUACUAAUAUGAAUGGUCAAGUCGAACUGGACGAGUACCUUCAGAUGAUGUCCGCAAUAAAGUCUGGCCACGUCGCCUACUCGAGAUUCGCCCGGAUGGCUGAGAUGGAGGAGGCACAGCACGAGAAGGACAUCCUCAAGAAAAUGAUCAGCGUCGACAGAUCUGGUGGUGGCCUCUAAACUCAUCCCGAAACACUGCUUCAAUUUUCCUUGGUCUUAGAUAAGGAUGACAAACUCACGACAAAAAUCUGAUAUUUAAAUAUCCAAAUAUUUAUAGUAGGCAUUAAUUUCGUUAAGUUUUCCAGAGCAAAAAAAAUGUGCAAUGAAACACACAGCACUUGACGCGGGGCUGGCCUUCCCUGUGGCAUGAAAUCUAAACACGCCAAUUCUAGUUGAAUUUACUUAAAUGUUGAUCGCUGAGUCCGAAGUACUCGUGGUCUGAUUCGGUAUUUAAGGGUUUUCUUGUUCUGGAGAACUGAGAACUUCGGAUUUGAUGAUUGAAUCAGUAACGGAGGGGUAAAGGGUGACGAGCUGUGGGAUUUGUUACCUUUUACCGUUUGAUUACUGAAACCAUAUUAGGCAAUUUAUUUAUUAUGUAUAUAACUCUUGAUUGCAAAUGCAGUGGUAUAACAUUUCGAUUCUAAUCAACGUCUGCCUUGGUUAAUUUAUCAAUUUCAUCGGUAUGAAUGAGAAGUAAUUGAAAAAUCAAUAAAAGAGAUUCAAAUAUUACAAA